AUGUCAGCGAAUAUUCUUCAGAAGCACGACGACGAACAACAGAACGAUCAACGCGCAAUGCAGCAGCAGAUGGUGGUGGCGAGACGGCUGCUUGUCGUGGGCUGCAGGCACAUGCAGCGACAAGCACAGCAGCCACGGCCACAGCAAUGGCCGCACGGUCGACUAUCACGUGCCAUGGUGCCGUGGGUUUCGCAGGGGCACUGCCAGUGGAGCUGCCUUGGCCCCGGUCUUGAACAAAGGCGGUGCGCAUCUUCAGGCCAGAAGCACGCGCCACAAUCGGGCAAGAGCGUGACGCGAAGCAGCCGAAGCAGCCAGAGCACAAGAAAAGAUACCACCAACAACAAGAGUGAGCAACAAGACUUGUCGACGCGUACCAGCAGGCAGCAGGUGCUGGCGAGGUUGGAUGCCAUCGCGUCACUGAGACAGCAACCGGAAUCACAGCCUCAACCACCACAGCAGGCGCAUAGUACCGCAUCGCCCAUGUCGGAGGGUGACAUGUACGCUGGUAUGUUUGAUGCGAUUCGCAGCCUGGUGCAGCAGAACCAUGUGGAUUCCAGUACAGAUGCGGUGGCGAGUGGACGCUCGGCCAACAGCAGCGCCACGGCGGAGAAAACGGGGGCGCAAAGCACCGGCGAGAGCACCAGCGACACGUUCAGCCGACUCACAGCAGUGCUGGCAACAGAGCGCCUGCCCGUCCUCUUUCAUGUGGAGGCGCUGCUGAAGGAUCUCGUGAGGAGUGACAUCUUUUUGCAAGAGGGCAUGAAGAGCGUGUCGGACAAGGCGAGUUCCAUCCUGGAGUCUCGCUGCGUCUCGGCCAGCCCGCUGGAGCUGGUCAUGCUGUCAUCGGAGAUUGCCGACCACGGCGAUCCCAACUACGUGCGGCUCCUGUCUCCCAUCAUCACACCCAACUUUGCAGUUGACUACGCAGCGGAGGCAUUGGUCGUGGCGCAGCGGCUUGCGCGCCUUGUGGACGACACGGGCGCAGCCAGCAAUCCAGCCUCCGCCAACCUUGGGCCAUCCAUUGCCAUAUUGCUUGACAACCUUCGGCUGGAGGAUUUAUCGCUGGAGCAGCUAGCAGAGACGCUUGAUAUUCACGUCCUUACACACCACCGCAACCGUGACCAGUUUUCAAGAAUCAUUCGGACAAUUCUGGCGCGUGAGGCGGAGGACGAUGCAAUGGCAUGUCUACACCGAGCUCUCAACGCCACAUUCAAACUCAAGGUGCCCCUGGACGGCCAGACAAAGCGAAUUGUUCUCGAUCGGUUGAAAGGAAGGGCGGACCGCGCGUCCUGCAUCACGCUGAUCCGUUUCUGCAGCGUCAAUCGCAUCCAGCCGCCAGGCGAGGCACUCAAGCAGUGCUAUCCCCACCUGAUCCAACUUGCAAAGAACAAGAGGCAGUCGUGGCACGCAGCCCCCUUUAUCACCGCCCUCGCCAACGCGCGCGUGGACAUUCCCGACAAGCUCAUCUCCGCACUUGACGAGGCAUACGCCAGCCCCAACACCCCGUGGCCAACGCUCACCGCCUUUGUCUUUGCUCUCAUCGUCUCAGGCAAGUUCACGCCGGAGCACUGGCCGCUGGUUGAACGCGUCAUUGUCGGUUACCGCCAGCGCAGCGACCGCUUAAGCACACGACGCGCCUUUCCGGUUCUGUCGUGGGUAUUUUGGCAAAGCGACUUCAAUGUUCCGCACCACCUCUCCCAGGCCGCUGGCGCCUGCCUCCACGAAAUGAUUGAUGACUCAGGCUCCUCCUCGCGCGUCCAGGAGUCGCAGAUGCAGCGAGACAUCGUGUCUGCGUUGAAAGGGAUGAACAUGUUUGAGCGCGUGGAUGUGGAAGCGAAGAUCAACGGGUUUGUUGUCGACAUUUUCAUCCCAGACCACGACACCAUCAUCGAGGUUGAUGGGUUGACGCACUUUGUGGAAGUGCCACAUGAGGAUGCGAGUGAGCGGCGGUGGAAGUGCACGCAGGACGACCCGCUGCAGUGCAUCCGCGAUGGCGCUGCUGCCGACUUUGAUCCCCGCGGGUGGGACGGCGCUCCGCUCACAGCGACAAUGCGGAACAGCGCACUCAUCACCAACGGGCGCACGCGACUUAAGAUGAAUCUGCUGAAAAACAUGGGAUACACCGUCAUUACCCUCCCCUUCUUCGUGUUCAGACCAACUCAAGACAAGAAGCAGUGGGGCCGACUGGUGCGCGCCGCGCUCACAGACGCAGGCGUCACAAUCACAGCAUAA